GAUUUUGCCAUUUUAGUUUCAUGUCUGUUGUUGUUUACAGAGAGAGACUGUGAAGAAGAGUGUGAGAGAGAAGUGAGAAAGAGGGUUUGUUUGUUUUGCUUUGUUUAGAUCUGAGAAAGAAAAAUCUGGGUUUGAAGUUUUGUGUUUGGAAUUUUGUAAACAAGAGGUAAUGAAAAGAAGAUGAAAUCUCUGUUUCAGUUUAUCUGGAGUUUUCUUCUGUAAAGAAAUUGGCCGGCAAUUUGAUAGUUUGUUAGAAGUGAGUGGAAGUGAUAAAGAAAGAGUUUUUUCUUUAAGUUGAAGCAUUUUUGAGGUGUGGGGUGGAGAGUUAGAAUUUUAAACAACUGAACUUUUUUUGUUCAAGUUUCUAAAUUCUGGGUUUGGAUUCUUGUUUUGGUUGGUAGAUUGAGUGAAAUUCAAUUUUUCUGGUUGAGUUGGAGGGGAAUUGUUUUUGGGUAUAAAUUUUUUCUCAGCGACUAAGAAUAUAUUUAAUUAGUGUUACUGAAGGGAAGAGUGUGAUUGAUUGGAAGAAGAAUCGGAGAUUACAGAAUAAAUGUACUGUCAGAGAGAUUGAAGAGAAGUUGAAAAGACUGUCUUUUUUUUUUUUAUAUUGAAUUAGGUAUCUUGAAGAUGUUAACAAAUGGAGUUUGAAAUUAAGUAAUGGAGUUUGAUUUUGGGUUCUGAAGAAUUAGUACUUUCAGGAUAUAAUCAUACUGGGGUUUGAUUCUAAUGAUCAAAUUUUUUGAUUCAGUGAAAGAAGAAAAGAAGGAAAUGGAGAAAUGUUUGGAUUCUCAGUUAUGGCAUGCUUGUGCUGGAGGCAUGGUACAGAUGCCACAAGUUAACUCAAAGGUUUACUAUUUCCCACAAGGUCAAGCAGAACAUGCUAAUGGGAACGUCGAUUUUGAAAAUUCAUCAAGAAUUCCAGCAAUGAUUCUAUGUAGAGUUGCUGGUGUGAAAUUCAUGGCUGAUUCUGAGACAGACGAGGUUUAUUCAAAGCUAAGACUAAUUCCUGUGAGAAAUAAUGAAUCUGAUUUUGAAGAUGAUGGUGUUAAUGGAAACAAUGGAUCUGAUUCGGCUCAAGAUAAGCCGGCAUCGUUUGCGAAAACAUUGACUCAGUCUGAUGCUAAUAAUGGUGGUGGGUUUUCGGUUCCUAGAUACUGUGCUGAGACAAUUUUUCCAAGGUUGGAUUAUUCUGCUGAACCUCCUGUACAAACUGUACUUGCUAAGGAUGUUCAUGGUGAGGUUUGGAAGUUCCGGCAUAUUUAUAGAGGGACUCCUCGGCGUCAUCUCUUGACGACCGGAUGGAGUACUUUUGUGAACCAAAAGAAGCUGAUUGCCGGUGAUUCAAUUGUGUUUUUAAGGACUGAGAAUGGGGAUCUUUGUGUCGGUAUCCGGCGCGCAAAGAGAGGGAUUGGUGGCGGUCCUGAGGCGUCGUCCGGGUGGAAUUCAGCUUCGGGUAAUUGUGUUUCGCCAUAUGCUGGUUAUUCUGUUUUUAUGAGGGAAGAUGAAAGCAAGUUAGGAAGAAAUGCUAAUGGUGGGAAUAAUAAUAGUCCUUGUGGUGGUGGUUUUCGGGGAAAACCAAAAGUGAGACCUGAGUCUGUGGUAGAGGCUGCAAAUCUUGCUGCCAAUGGGCAACCUUUUGAGGUUGUUUAUUACCCUCGAGCAAGCACUCCUGAAUUCUGUGUCAAGGCUUCAUCUGUGCGUACAGCAGUACGUAACCAGUGGUGUCCAGGGAUGAGGUUCAAGAUGGCUUUUGAGACUGAGGAUUCGUCUCGGAUAAGUUGGUUCAUGGGAACAAUAUCUUCUGUUCAGGUUGCUGAUCCAAUCCAUUGGCCUGGUUCUCCUUGGAGGCUUCUUCAGGUGACUUGGGACGAGCCGGACUUGUUACAAAAUGUGAAGCGCGUUAGUCCAUGGUUGGUUGAAUUGGUAUCAAGCAUGCCAUCAAUCCAUCUAUCGUCACCCUUCUCACCUCCAAGAAAGAAAAUUAGGGUUCCUCAACAUCCCGAUUUCUCCUUUGAUGGGCAACUUCAAAUGCCAUCACUUUUGAGCAACCCCUUUGGGCCAAGCAGUCCCUCUUGUUGUGUAAGCGACAACAGUUCUGCAGGCAUACAGGGAGCCAGGCAUGCUCAGUUUGGUAUAUCUUUAUCAGAUCUCCAUUUUAAUAAACUUCAGCCGGGUGUAUUUGUGACCGGUUUACAGCGCCCUCAUCAUGCUGCCCCACCUUCAAGAAUCUCCGGUGGCUUCAUAAUGAGCAACCCCAGUUGCAAGGAGAAUGUAUCUUGCUUGCUUACAAUGGGCAUGGGCAACGGAAAUUCUACUCCAACUUCAAAGAAGUCGAAUGACAGCAAAACAGCACAGUUUGUACUCUUCGGCCAACCUAUACUCACCGAAGAACAAAUUUCUCUUAGCGUCAGGGGCGGACCUAUGUGAGAGCAAUUCCGCGCUGUAGCCCGGAGAACUUCAGCGGCAGUUUUUAUUUGUAGUGUCAAGUGUCUGUCUAAAUAUGUAUGGGCACGUAUUUUGUUUUGUGCAUCACGGUAGAAUUUUUUUGAGCAUACAGAGUCUCAUAAUUCGUCGCUCCUUUGUAUUUUCAAAAAAUAUCUAUGUUGAAUGCUUCAGUGCACCAGGCAGUGUCAAGCAUUCUCCUUUGUGAUGCAGAAGCUUUAGAACUUCAAACUCAAAGAAAUUGAAUUUAAGGUUCUUGAUCAUGCA